AUGGCAACUACCAUUGAUCCUAGUAUCUCGCUUAAUCCAGUCAAAGAUGCGACCGUCUCACAAGGGUAUUAUAGUGUUUCUAGAGGAACCCUACUAAGUCGUGACACAUACACGGAUCGGGACAUAGUAGAUAAUGACAGUUCCCCUCCCCGAAAUGAAGGGAUAGCAGCAGGUUUUGGUAGCUUAGGUCUUUUAAAAAACCGCCGUCACCGAUUGAGGAGGUGGUGGAAUAGAUUCUAUUUGGGUGAAAAGCACGAACCUAAUAAUAGCUCAGACACCGAAGGAGUUUCAGAUACCAAUGAUAAUGCCGGAACAAGUGCCAUUGCAACUGCAGGUACUACUGCUGCAUUGGAUGGUAAUGAUGUUAACCUCAAUGCCAAAUUCGAUUCGAAAAAGCCCUUUUCACUGGAAGCGUCUAAUAAGCCAAAACUCGUCGAACGUUUAAAUACAGAUUCUGGUUCUGACACACAAAUUGAAAACACCGAUAUUGAGGAUUCGGAAGACAGCUUAAGGUGGAGGUACUCGAACAAAUUUCAUACGUUGAAGGACUGGAUCCACAAGACGCUAAGGAAGACGCGCAAUUCAUCUUCAAUUUUCCAGCAUGGGUUGGUCAUUUCGGAUCUUUAUUUCCAUUCGGAGCGACAUAUGAAGGCAAAAUUCCACACCCCAGCUGACUUGACGGCAAAGUUCAGGAGUAAGAGCAACACUCUGGGAGCCACGCAUGGUUUGGAAGCAACUGAUAAUGAGGCUUCCGCUUCCCAGGAUAUUCCUCCCUGUCCAGCUACCGCCUAUGACAGCGAGACUGACACUGACGCUGACCAGAGCUCCGAUGCUGAAUCGGAGGGCGAAUAUAGGGCGCAAGUAAUGAAUGUUCAAAUGUUGGACAGUCUGCGCACCAACCCUAACCAACGCAGUAGCGUCGCCAGCUUUAACCAUGUCGGUCACAUGGGUGACGUCUCCAUAAAAGACGAAGAAGAGGAGAUGGGUGACCUGCACAUCAGAUUGAAAGAUAUUGGACUCUCACCCACCAACGAAUUUUACCGCGAGCUAUAUGCCAUUUGUAACAUCUAG